AUGGGUAAACCAGUCGAAGACUUGGCCGUGAUCCCCGGCGAUGACCUGCCUUGGUGGAAGCACGCCCACCUGCGGAAGCUCAACUUCAUUACCUUGUCUAUGGUCUUGUUCUCUUCCGCCAACGGCUACGAUGGAUCCAUCAUGGGCGGUCUCCUUGCCCUGCCUCAAUGGAAGGCGUUUACGCACAACCCCGCAGGCGCAUAUCUCGGCUGGAUGACUGGUAUUUACUGGCUCGGAAACGGUAUCGCCUUCCCCGUUGCCGCAAUGUGCUCCAACCGCUGGGGUCGCAAGCCUGGUAUCUAUGUCGGAUACAUGUUCCUCGUCCUCGGCGUUGUCAUGCAAACGGCAGCUCAGAAUGAAGUAACCUUCACCUAUGCCCGUCUCUUCAUCGGUAUCGCCGCCUCGUGGCUCGGAAACUCUGCUCCUCUCUUGAUCAACGAGAUCGCCCACCCAAAGCAACGGUCCAUCGCCAACGCCCUGUUCAUGGUCGGUUGGUAUUUUGGCGGUACCCUCUGCGGCUGGGUCACCUUUGCCUGCCGUAACAUUGCCUCGGACUGGUGCUGGCGUAUUCCCGUCGUCAUCCAGCUCGUCCUUCCCUUCGUUGCUCUGCCCGGCUUCCUCUUAGCCCCUGAGAGUCCUCGUUGGCUGAUUAGUGUUGGGCGUGUCGAGGAGGCCACUGAGAUUCUAACCAAACACCAUGCAGGUGGUGACAGAAAUGACCCCUUGGUGACCUACCAGGUCGUCGAAAUCCAGUCCACCAUCGCCGCAGAAAAGGAGGCUUCCGCCAGCGCUUCGUACUCCGACAUGAUCAAAUCACCAGGAAACCGUCACCGUCUCUUUAUCUCUGUAACUCUCGGCAUCUACGCUCAGUGGUGUGGCAACGGUGUAGUCUCUUAUUAUCUCGCGCUGAUUUUGGACUCAAUUGGAGUCACGUCGGUUACAAACCAGACCUUGAUCUCGGCUUGCUUGAACGUGUGGAACCUGCUGUGGGCAAUCGCUGCCGCCACCAGCGUCGACAAGCUGGGUCGCCGUUUCCUAUUCUUGACUUCUGCCAGCGUCAUGUUGGUCAGCUUCAUCAUCAUCACUGGCCUCAGUGGUUCCUUCGCCACGACUCAAUCGUCAAGCGUAGGGUCUUCGGUCAUCCCAUUCCUGUUCAUCUUCUUUGCUGGUUACGACAUUGCCAUGACCCCCUUCCUCACAGCCUACCCUUGCGAGAUCUGGCAAUUCAGCCUCCGGUCCCGAGGUCUCACCGUCAGCUGGUGCUCAACCGUCAUCGCCAUCUUCAUCAACACCUUUGUGAACCCCAUCGCCUUGGAGGCUAUUCACUGGAAGUACUACAUCGUCUUCAUAGUGAUGCUUAUUCUACUUUGGGUCACCGUCUUCUUCGCUUACCCUGAGACUCGCGGACAUACCUUGGAGCAAAUGGCGGUCGUCUUUGAUGGCGAAGAUGCUGCGGUUCCCCCUGCGGCUGCUGUGAGCGAGAAGACCGAAGCUUUAAUUACCCAUGGAGACGUCAAUGAUAAGAGGCAGUAUCAGAGCGAUGCUGAACACAGAGUCUGA